AUGAGCGGGGCAGCCCGGGGCUUGGGGGCAGAGGGAGCGCCGCGCCAGGCGGUGCAUUGGGAGGUCCACUGCGGGCAGUGGGAGGUCCUGGCUGGGCGCCCAGACCGGGGGGAACCAGGAGGGGCCGGGAGGCGGCCCCCGGGCCCCAGGGCGCCCCGCCUGCUGCUGCUCGCGCUCCUGCUGGCGGCGCACCGAGGUGCCCGGGCCGAGGUCCGCGUGUCUGCGACCCCCUUGGUGGAGGUGAUGCGAGGACAGUCCGUCACCCUGGACUGCACCCCCGUGGGAGUCAAGGGCCAUUACGUGCUGGAAUGGUUCCUUACCGACCGCUCCAGGGCCCGCCGCCGCCUGGCCUCUGCGGAGCUGCACGGCUCGGAGCUCCAGGGCACCGUGCAUGACACUCAGAGCCGCAGCCCCCCAUACCAGCUGGACUCCCAGGGGCGCCUGGUGCUGGCUGAGGCCCAGGUGGGCGACGAGCGGGACUACGUGUGCGUGGUGAGGGCCGGCACGGCGGGCACGGCUGAGGCCACCGUGCGGCUCCGUGUGUUCGCAAAACCAGAGACCACGGAAGUCAUCCCCAACAAAGGGACGCUGUCUGUGAUGGAGGACUCUGCCCAGGAGAUUGCCACCUGCAACAGCCGGAACGGGAACCCGGUCCCCCAGAUCAUGUGGUAUCGGAGCGGGCAGCACCUGGAUGUGCCCAUGGAGAUGAACCCGGAGGGCUACAUGACCAGCCGCACGGUGCGGGAGGCCUCGGGCCUGCUGUCCCUCACCAGCACCCUCUAUCUGCGGCUCCGCAAGGCCGACCGGUGCGAUGCCAGCUUCCACUGCACCGCCCGCGCCGACCUGCCGGCGGCCAGCCACGGCCUCCUGGACAGCCCUGCCUUCCGCCUCACCCUGCACUACCCCACAGAGCACGUGCAGUUCUGGGUGGGCAGCCCGUCCACCACAGAGGGCUGGGUGCGCGAGGGGGACUCCGUGCAGCUGCUCUGCCGGGGCGACGGCAGCCCCAGCCUGGACUACACGUUUUUCCGCCUUCAGGACCAGCAGGAAGAAGUGCUGAACGUCAACCUGGAGGGGAACUUGACGCUGGUGGGGGUGCGUCGGGGCCAGAGCGGGCCCUACGGCUGCAAGGUGGAGGACUACGAUGCCGCCGAGGGCGUGCAGCUCUCCCAGACCCUGGAGCUGCACGUGGCCUACCUGGACCCUCUGGAGCUCAGCACCCAGCCAGAGCUCUCCGUGCCCCUCAAUGGCAGCACUGCUGUGAACUGCUCGGCGCAGGGCCUGCCCACGCCCACUGUCCGCUGGACCAAGGACUCAGUUCCCCUGGGGAACGGCCCCACGCUCUUGCUCAAGGCCAUCACCUUUGACUCCGCCGGCACCUACACGUGUGAGGCCUCCAUGUCCACGGUCCCCCUCCUCAGCCAGACCCAGAGCUUCAAGCUGCUGGUCCAAGGCUCACCAGAAUUAAGGCCAGAAGAGACGCAGCCCAAGGCGGAGGGCAGCUGGAGAGAAGGGGACGAGGUCGUGCUGACCUGCUCUGCCCGCGGCUACCCGGAGCCCAAGCUCACCUGGAACCAGCUGGGCGGCACACCGGCAGCGCCAGCCCCCGGGAGGCCGGGCUGGGUGAGCAGCUCCCUGACCCUGAGAGUGACCAGCGCCCUGAGCCGGGACGGCGUCUCCUGUGAGGCCUCCAACCCCCACGGGAACAUCCAGCACGUCUUCCACUUCGGCACCGUGGCCCCCCAGACCGUGCAGGCCGGAGUGGCUGUCAUGGCUGUGGCCGUCAGCGUGGGCCUCCUGCUUCUCGUGGUGGCGGCCUUCUACUGCAUGAGACGCAAGGGGCGCCGAGGCUGCUGCCGGCGCGCCCCCCGGGGAGCCUGAGCUGAGCCCAUCGGGGGCGGAGCAGCCAGAGCAGACCGGCCUCCUCAGGGCUGGUGCCUCUGGAAGACCCAGAGGUGGCAGUGGGGGCUUUGGAGAGGAGUGCUGAGCCCGAGGACCUGCUAGAAGCAGUCAGUGGACCUGGGGCGGCGGGCAUCAGAGCAGCCCUGCUCACGCCUCUGCCCGCCUUCCCUCUCCCCUCCCCGCCGCGGCCCUCCCUUCCUUCCUCUGCUGCCUGGGCAGGGCCCCACAGAAGCCUGCCUUGGGAGGGACUGGGGGGAAGGGGGCGGGAGGGGGCCUUCCUCCAGGGAGGGUGACUCUCCCAAGCCCCAGAAUAGCUCCUGGACCCAAGCCCAGGGCCCGGCCUCGGCCUGGGAUGAAGCUUGGAGGGUCGGUGGCCCGAGUUAUUUUUACCUCCUGCCUCCCCUGCUGGCCCCCCACCUGAUGUCCUGCUGCGUAGUCUGACACUGGAUCCCCGCCCCCGGCCCCCGCCUCAUCAUCUGUGGACACUGGAGUCUGGAAUAAAUGCUGUCUGUCACGUCGACACCA